GUCAUUUUAAGUUGAUGUAAACAUUAUAAGGGUUAUGACAUACCUGCCAAUUCAGAACACGCUUCCAAUGCCGAAAGGAGAAAUUUAUAAAAUCGUUUAAACUCAACUUUCUCCUGUACUGUCUUUAAAAUUUAUAACUUGUCGCAACAUCCAGUGACCAUGCAAUCACAUGACUCAUAGGAACCCAGUCGGUGGACAACACUUAAAUACUUGACGCUACUGAUAGAGCCUGCAAUUGCAACUACAAAGUCAAACCACGCUCAUCAAGACGUUUUCAUUACUAUUUUCCUUGGCAGAAAAUGAACACUUCCCUUAAAUUUUGCUUGCUAAUAAUUUUAGUAUAUAGUGGUACACAAACCAGUGCGAGAAGAACUGACCUACUAACAAAAGAGGAUAGACCAUACGAUGUAAUCAACAUAAAAGUGCCUCAGUAUGUCUGGAAGCAAGCAUUAAAACCUACCCCAGUGCUUAAGUCACCAGUAACUAUUGUUUUACCGGUGCAUGUGUCUGAAGAAAAUCAGGUAGAUGAUGAAUACCUAGACGAAGAAGAAGUAGUAAGUACGACAGCCUCCGAAGAUGAAAUUUGCGAUGUGAAUACCACACCUACACCAGUAUUAGCCAAUGAUACUGUAGUUAAUGACACCCCAAGCAGUGAAGCUCCGGUGAGCGACCCUCCAGCACAACAACCGGUAGCCGGGCAAGUGUUUCGGUUUCCAUGUUCGUGUAGGGACGGAGAGUGUGGAUGUUGUACAGGGGCAUUUUUAGACCGAUACAGAAUGAGAACUUGUGGAAAUAUGACUUUUGUCCCAGAAGACUUUGUUUUCGAUGUCAGAUUAUCUGUAAAUAAUAAGACGGUAGUACGACAAAGAGUUUCAGCUAGUGACCCUCCGCCAAUAUGUUUUAAUCCGAGACGAGCACCAUUUGUUCAAGUUUGUGCUGAAAUUUCAAAUAUUCGUGUGCGGAAUAGAAACGCUUACGCUUGUUUAGACAUCAACGCGGACAUUGGAGGUUUCCCUAUUUAUUCUGCUUCCUUUAGAUGUUUUGGCUUCGGUGUGUCUGGAAUUCAGUCAGGAUUAAAGCCUAAACCAGUUUCAGCAGGACCUACUCCUAUUAACAUUUACGGAAAUAGUAACAAUGAUGAUGGUGAUCGUGGAAGUUUUCUUCAAAACGCUGCAGGGGCACUCUUCGGAGGAGGUGACGGAGGUGGAAUUUUUGGUGGCGAAGGUGGAUUUUUCGGUGGCGGUGGUGGAGGAUCCGACGAUGAUGACGAUGGAGGACCACUAGAUGGUAUCGGCGAUGCUAUCGGGGAUUUUUUUGAUGGACGUAGUGUAAAAGUUUAAACACUUAUAGCGUGCCAUAAACGUGUACAAUAUAUUGUGAAUAACAAUAAAACCUUGUUAAGUUAUUUAUGUAUUGU